UUUACAGCAUAACUCAGUUGAGUACUUCAACCUGAAGGAGGAACAAAAGGAAAAAUGCCUGAACCGUCUAAAGCCGCGCCGAAGAAAGGCUCGAAGAAAGCGGUCACAAAGACCGCCGGAAAAGGAGGCAAAAAACGCAGAAAGUCUAGGAAGGAGAGUUAUGCGAUUUACGUGUAUAAAGUGCUGAAGCAAGUGCAUCCUGACACUGGCAUAUCAUCUAAGGCGAUGGGUAUCAUGAAUUCGUUCGUCAAUGACAUCUUUGAACGAAUUGCUGGUGAGUCGUCCCGUUUGGCUCACUACAACAAGCGCUCAACAAUCACUUCCAGGGAGAUUCAGACGGCUGUACGCCUUUUAUUGCCUGGAGAGCUUGCCAAACACGCAGUGUCUGAAGGUACCAAGGCUGUCACCAAGUACACGAGCUCCAAGUGAAAACGCCUCUUCCUUUUAACCAACCCAAAGGCUCUUCUAAGAGCCACCCAAAACUAAAUAAAAGAAGCUGUUCCAUUUG